AUCAACAGAUUGGGGCCCGAUCGAUCGACUGAUCGAUCCGAUCAGCUUCUUGGUGGGGCCGUGGGGGGGGGGGGACCCGCGCCGUGGAAACCCGUGAUGGAUGGUGUGUGAAUGGGAGGAGCCAUGGGCGUGAGAGGGUGGCUCUGCUGGGCCGACGUCGUCCCCACGGCGGUGCUCUACGGCUCCCUGUCCCUCUUCAUCUCCAUCCUCCACAACGUGUUCCUGCUGUACUACGUGGACACCUUCGUGUCCGUCUACAAGAUCGACAAGGUCUCCUUCUGGGUGGGAGAGACGGUGUUCCUGAUCUGGAACAGCCUGAACGACCCGCUCUUCGGCUGGCUGAGCGACCGCUCGUUCCUCAGCUCGCACGACUCCGGGGCCCAGAUCUCCUCCCCGGAGGUGGUGCUCAAGCGGCUGCGCUCGCUGUCCCGGAACGGGCCGCUCUUCGCCCUCUCCUUCUUGGCCUUCUGGGUGGCGUGGGCCCCUCCGGCGCUGCAGUUCCUCGCCUGCCUCUGCCUGUACGACGGCUUCCUGACGGCGGUGGACCUGAGCCACAACGCGCUGCUGGCCGACCUGGCCGUGUCCGCGGGGGACCGGGCGCGUCUCAACUUCCACGGCUCGCUCUUCAGCGCCCUCGGCUCGCUCUCCGUCUUCCUGUCGCACUGCUUCUGGGACAAGGAGGACUUCUUCUCCUUCCGGCUCUUCUGCGUGACGCUGGCCGCCGUGUCUGCCCUGGGCUUCGCCGUGGCCUCCGGCCUCCUGCGGCGCCGCUUCCGGGGCGAGGCCCGGCAGCGGCACGACGAAGCGGCUGCGCUCAGAGAGCUAUGCGUGGGAAAGGCCCCCCUGGCCCAGGACCAGAACGUCACCCUGGGACAGUACCUCCGCCAGCUGUCCAGACACAGGAACUUCCUGUGGUUCGUCUCCAUGAACCUGGUCCAGGUUUUCCACUGCCACUUCAACAGCAACUUUUUCCCGCUCUUUCUCGAGCACCUGCUCUCAGACAGGAUCUCGGCCUCCACCGGCUCCUUCUUGUUGGGUAUCUCCUACAUCGCACCCCAUGUCAACAACCUGUACUUCCUGACGCUGUGCCAGCGCUAUGGGGUCUACCAUGUCGUCCGCUGGCUCUUCGUCCUCAAGCUGACCCUGAGCGCCCUCAUGCUGCUGGGCGGGGCCGACCAGGUCUACCUGCUGUGCGUCUUUAUCGCCAGUAACCGCGUGUUCACCGAGGGCACCUGCAAGCUGCUGAACCUGGUGGUCACAGACCUGGUGGACGAGGACCUGGUGCUGAACCGACGACAGCAGGCCGCCUCGGCGCUGCUCUUCGGCAUGGUGGCGCUGGUCACCAAACCGGGCCAGACCUUCGCUCCGCUGGUGGGCACCUGGCUGCUCUGUGUCUACACAGGCUACGACAUCUUCGAGCGGGACCCCGUGCAGGAUGCGGUGGCCGUGCGCCCCGAGUCCGGCACCCCCGCGGCGAUCGAGGUCACCCUGCGCCAGGGCUGCUUCUACCUGCUUGUGCUGGUGCCCAUCACGUGCGCGCUGCUGCAGCUGCUCGCCUGGUCCCGCUUCACGUUGCACGGCAGGCGGCUGCAGAGCGUCAAGGCCCUCCGGCAGGACUCGCGGCACGGCCGCCCCCCCGACAUCAAGGCGGUGUGAGGGGGCCGGGGGGAGGGGGGCCUGGCUGGUCACCGAACGGGUAACUGCCUUACUUCUCGCACGCGGAGGAGCCGGCCUGAGCGCGUGAGCGCAAAGUGAUGAACGGCGCCUGCGCCGAAAUAUUUUUCUAGAUUUUUUUUUUUUUUUUAAAUUUUUUUUUUAACUUGACUGUGAGACACUGCAGCGUCUCCAGGAAAGACCGUGAGCAGCAAGAGGAACAAUUUAAAUUUCACAAGAUAUUUAUGAAUAUUUCAAGACAUUCCACAUGAUCCCGGUGUCCCUGGACCCGGAGGGCAGUGCCUACGCCGUCCUUCCGCAAUUCUCUGCCUGUUAACCGUGCACGUUCACGGUCCUGGAGGAGGAGCGCCGGGGCACCGUGCACGACCGCGUGGCCAACCGCGGCGGCGCCGAGACGAGGGACGAGUCCGGAAACCGGACGUCCUCGCUGACGUGGUGCCGAUGAUGUCAGACGUGUGGUUUUACCCUGGUUGUGGUCCAAACUGCCACGCGCAAAAGGCAGCGUGCAUCGUGACCUGCGCGUCCGCCGUUUACAUUCCUUACCGCGGUUCCAACACUGCCUCUCCACUGGCCCACGUGGGCUGGAUUUAACAGAAUUUUUCUGCAUGUUCAUCCUAAAUGCCUCUGAAAUGUGUGUCUUGUACUUUUAAAGGGUGUAAAGAACUGGUCCUCUGCAUUUUGCUUUAUUUUUCCUUGCUUUGGAUACAUGUGUGUCAUAAAUUGUCAGGUAUUUUAAAUAUUUUACAUGGUGAGCGUUAAUCAUUAAGAGAUCUACACUGCCUCAGUUUAGUACACCGCCUGACCUUCUCGAACCAUUUUGUACUUUACAUUAAA